GUCGUGCAGGUUCUCACUCAGACCACGGGCAACAGACAACCCAUCCGAAAGGUUCUUAGCACACUACGUUCGUACAAUAAAGCAAACAUGGCCAGCACUUUGUCUCGCACUCUUCCCCGCCUCGUCUCUUCCCUAUACACCACGCCCAUCCUCAGCCGCCCACGCUCUCACAAGGCCCUCGCCAGGACCAUCACCAGCUUCCAUGGGCUGCAGGGCCUCGCGCAGCCAUGGCGGGUGCCGACGGAAGAGGCUCCUGAGCUGGUGGAGAGCGGGGAACUGGCGCUGCACUUGGAGGCCCUCCAGCGGUGGCACGACGAGGCCGACCUCUUAAGGGAAGCGAGAGUCCUUCCUCCAGGCGUUGACGACCAGAUCAACCUCGAGGCAGAGACUCGAGGCCAAGUCAAGGACCUCAUGGAGACUCUGAUUGAGGAGGAAAUCCUGGACGUCCGUCGGGGUUGGGUCCUCGCCUCCAACUUUUAAUGCUUUCCAUAUUUCCCGACUGUUCACUCCCAAGAAGGAAGCUGAACACAGCUUGCUGUUUAAGCCACAACGAGGGCUCUCCCUCGAGGCCUCUGGCUACGAGCGACGACGAAGGCGCUGUGACGCUGGACGAGGGAUUCACUCCCUGGUCUCACCUGUACCUUGAAUGCGGAGUUUUAGGAUACGUGACUGUAACUCUUUUCUGAGUUACUGAUGAAAUGUUUCAUGUUGACAAGGACAUAUCCCUAUAUAAUGUUUGUGACAACAACCCACGUUUAAAAAUAACAGGGUUGCCAAUAGAGGAUCUGUUUUGAUACUUAUAUGACUGUGAUAUUCUGUCGUUAUUGAAGAAAUUCACUCAUUUGAUCAAUAAAAUAUGUUUA